AUAAUAAAACGUAUGGCGGCACAUAUGUCAAUCAUCGUUUAUCCAAUGGCGUCACUGUAAGUCGAAGGUCAAGACCGAAGCAGCAUGGCCGCUCUGUUAAGGGGCUCGCGGUGUCUAGUAAGAAAGUGUCAUAACCAUGUCAGCGCCGUGCAGGUCUCCAUCAGGUCCAUGGCCUCUAAAACCCAGGUGGGCUUCAUUGGCUUGGGGAACAUGGGAAACCCAAUGGCAAAGAACCUCAUAAAACAUGGAUAUCCAGUGAUAGCCUCAGAUGUAUUUCCGGAGUCCUGCAAAGAGCUACAGGAACUAGGAGCUCAGAUCCUGGAUAGCCCUGCGGAUGUGGCAGACAAAGCAGAUCGAAUCAUCACAAUGCUUCCCUCCAGCCCCAAUGUUGUAGAUGUGUAUACAGGCCCAAAUGGCAUCCUGAAGAAAGUGAAGAAGGGGUCCCUACUCAUUGAUUCCAGCACUAUUGAUCCAGCUGUCUCCAAGGAAAUGGCGGUAGCCGCAGAGAAACUGGGAGCUGUUUUCAUGGAUGCCCCAGUGUCUGGAGGUGUUGGUGCUGCCACUUCAGGUAAGCUCACCUUUAUGGUUGGUGGGCCAGAGGAGGAGUUCAAUGCAGCCAAGGAGCUUCUGAGCUGUAUGGGCGCUAAUGUGGUGUACUGUGGCCAAGUUGGCACCGGACAGGCAGCUAAAAUCUGUAACAAUAUGCUGUUGGCCAUUGGGAUGAUUGGAACAGCGGAGACCAUGAACUUGGGAAUCAGAUUAGGGCUUGACCCAAAACUUCUGUCGAAGAUCUUGAACAUGAGUUCUGGUCGCUGCUGGUCAAGUGACACAUACAACCCUGUCCCGGGAGUGAUGGAGGGAGUGCCCUCAGCAAACAACUACCAAGGUGGCUUCGGAACAACACUAAUGGCCAAGGAUCUGGGACUUGCUCAGAAUACAGCAACUAACACAAAGACACCAGUGCCACUGGGCUCUCUGGCCCAUCAGAUUUACCGCAUGAUGUGCGCACGAGGCUACGCCAGCAAAGACUUCUCAUCUGUCUUCCAGUUCCUUCGAGAAGAGGAGGGCCAGUAGAAAGCAACACUCUCUGCCCCUUCCACAGCCUUACCCAGCACUGCCUGCCUUUCACAUGACCUGACUUGCAAAACUUUGACCCAACUAUGUGAUUUCAUUGGCAUGCGUGUGCUGGGAGCCAUAAAUGAAUGAGUGACUGAAUGAAUACAUAUAUAUGUAGAUUGGAUGGUAGUGGGAAAAGUGUGUGUGUGUUCUGUGUGUGUAGCAUUUGAGGCUGUGCGUUCCUGUUGGAAUCAUGUUACUUUUGUGGGCCCACCCCUAUAUAAUUAGUCAUCCACUAAUGAAUCAAUUAAUUAGAUGCUGUGAAUUUAAUUUUUUUUCUUGCCUUCGUUGCUGUAUAGGCUAACGAAAGAUUCAAAACAGUAUCAUUUCAUUCUCACCAACCACACACUCGCAAGACUCCAAUCAGCCAGUUACACUCCUUUUCUUUGCAUAUGUAAAAUUUUAGUUUUUAUGUACUUAAUGUAUCUGUUGAGUCAAAUUUGCGGUUGGCUUGUCUUGUUAACGGUGCUGGAUCUACAUGUUGUAUUCAUGUAAAUUUAAACACCUGGAAAUUAAAGCAGGAGACACCUGUAGUUUUGAUGUCAA